ACCUCCAGCAACAUCUCUCUCUCUUGCUUCCGUCUCCUUUGCUCUCUCGGGGACCACCAAACAUACAUUCCCACAAUACUCUUUCGUACCGAGUUCAACCCCACUUUUUCCCACACAAAAAACAACCGUUACAACUAAACGAAUAACAAGAUGUCACAGUAUAGGCAGUGAGUGUCAUUGUUCUCCGCAUUCGUCGAUAUGUUCUCUCAUCAUACGUCCCCUCCCUGUCCUCAUGCCGCCUCAUUCACGUAACCGAUCCUUCUCUCCACCAAUGCUCAAUCAAUCUAUCCUACCUCGUCUUCCCGCCGGUCUCUCCACGCGUCGACGUGUUUAUCAUCCAAUUCAUCCCAACUGGUUCAAACUCAUCACAAUCAUUCCUUUGCUUCCCCUCAUUGUCCUUUUCGCCAACUUCCACUUCUUCAAUGAUGCAACGCUACGUGUCCUUGUCUUCCUGGAUAUGCCCCCACCGGGUGGGUUCGAGCCUGUCAAGUACAAACGCAACAUCCCCCUCCGGGGUCCGAGCGGUGUAGUCAUCCUCGGCGGUGUGACGGCCGUAUGUGCCUAUGGGUUUUAUCGCCUUGGGAAGGGCAAUCUCGAGAAGAGGGAAUUGAAGCGUGAGGCGACUUGGUCACGAAUCCACCUGGUCCCUCUUCUUCUGGCCGAGGGUGAUCGAGAUGCGUAUCGAAGGCAGAAGGCUGCUUUGGAGAGGGAGAAGGAGAUUAUGAAGGAUGUUCCGGAUUGGGAGGUGGGCAAGAGCGUAUACCAUAAUGAUAAGUAUCGGCCUACAGACCCGAUCGUGGUGCUCUGAUCGUGAUUGCGGGGAAGCUGGAGAUCAAGGAUGUCGACUCGGGGGAACGGAAGUGUGAGGAUGGAGGAAGAGUGGGCAGCUUUGAUGCAUCUGUUCUUGCUAUCUCGAUGGAGUCGCUAAUUAGAGAUUGGACGCUGUCGCUGGAAAUGAUAAUGCAACUUGUGGCGACCGG